GUUUGCGUCUAGGAGGGGAGUGGUCUCCCUUUUUAGUCUAGUUUCACGCAGAUUUUAAUUUAUUUCAUUAGACACACAACUCAGAGGAGGCUGGAGGUAGAGAAUUCUUACAUGUUAGAGUCUGUUCGUGAUUAUCCAUCUGUUUAGGAACAGACCAGGGCCUACGUUAUUUACGCAAUCAGCAGCAUGAGCAAUUGGGGUGGUUGGGGAACAUCGUUCGGCUAUGCAGACGGCAGUGGUGAUGAGGAUGAGGAGGCGGAGUCUGGGUACCAGACUUCCUUUGCCACCAAGGACAGUCUGAUCUUCCUGGUGGACUGUGGUGAGUCUAUGUUCCAGAAAGCAAGUCCAGAUGAAGAUAGCCAUUUUCAACUCUGCAUCAAGUGUGCACGCAGCGUGCUGACUAAUAAAAUCAUCAGCAGUGACAAAGACCUUUUGGGAGUCAUUUUCUUUGGAACAGAGAAGAAGAAAAACAGUGGUAAUUUUGAUCAUAUCUACGUUUUGCAGGACCUUGACAAUCCAAGUGCAUCACGUAUUUUGGAACUGGAAAGCUUGCUGGAAGAUGAUAAUGACUUCAAGACGGAUUACGGCCACAACACAAGUUUCUCACUCAACGAUGCUCUGUGGACCUGCUCCAAUAUGUUUUCUCAAAGCACCCAAAAAAUUGGUCACAAGAGGGUUCUUCUGUUUACCAACAACGAUGACCCUCAUGCUAAUGACCUAGCAGCCCAGCGCCAAGCCAAGACCAAAGCUAAGGAUCUCCAUGAGAUUGGCAUCGACAUUGAGCUGAUGCAUCUUGCACAACCCGGCAAAGAAUUCGAUUACUCAAAGUUUUAUCAGGACAUUGUGUUUUCACCAGACGAUGAAGAUCUUGGCACCGUGCCAGAUGCAGCAGAGAAGUUUGAAGAGUUACUCAACCGAGUCCGAGCGAAGGACCACAAGAAACGCUCACUGGGCAGAUUGACCUUUAGCCUUGGAGAGGGGCUUGAUCUUGGAGUAGGAGUCUUCAAUCUUGUGCGUCAGCAGAAUAAACCUUAUCCAGUCAAGCUGUACAAGAAGACCAACGAGCAACUCAAGAGCAAGUCACGCAUGUUUUGUGAGGAUACAGGAGAGUUGCUCAUGCCAACUGACAUCAAGAAGUAUCAGGUGUAUGGAGGCAGGAACAUCGUCUUUGAGAAGGAAGAAAUCACUGACAUGAAGAACUUUGGUCAAUCAGGUCUUGUGCUGAUGGGUUUUAAACCUCGCUCAUCCCUUAAGAGAUACCUCCACAUUCGGCCGGCCCAGUUUCUUUUCCCCGAUGAGAGCGUCGUCAAGGGAAGCACACCCCUCUUCUCUGCCCUUCUCACAAAAUGCCAAGAAAGGGACGUGGUCGCCAUCUGCCGCUUCAUCCCACGAAAAAACUCCACACCAUUUUUUGUUGCGCUUGUUGCCCAGGAGGAGGAGUUGGAUGAACGCAAUGUUCAGGUUACUCCACCAGGAUUUCAUCUCAUCUAUUUGCCCAACUCUGAAGACAUCAGGAGGUUAACCCUUCCAGAGCAUCCACGAGCUAAUGUUGAUCAGAUUGACAAAGCGAAGGAAGUCAUCAAGAAACUGCAGUUCAAAUUCAAGAGUGAGAAUUUUGAGAAUCCAGUUCUCCAGACACACUACCGCAACUUGGAGGCCUUAGCCCUAGAUCGAGAUAAGCCAGACGACAUUGUAGAUCACACAGCCCCUGACGUUGAAAUGAUGAGAAAGCGAACUGGGGAGAAAAUUGAAGAAUUCAAGGAGUUAGUAUUCCCAGAUGGGUACCAGCCUGGUGCCAAGAAACGUAAGACGGUUGGAGGUGAUUCUGGUAAAGCUAAACCAACGAUGGAUGUUGACAUGAAUCAGUAUGCCCAGCAGGGAAAGCUUGGCAAGUUAACUGUCGCCGUCUUGAAAGAGUUCUGUUCCAAGAAUGGACUUUCCACAGCCGGAAAGAAAAAUGAUCUCAUCGAGACCAUAUCGAGUCACUUCGGUGUCUGAACUCUAACCUUUGACCUCAGAAAGGGGCACAAAUUUUCUGCCAGUUUUCAUCUCUUGUUAUGGAUGAGGGCAACGAAUGGGAGAAUAAAACUCUUCUUUUUAAAUACAACUUCCUUUGAAAACUGUCUAAUGCAGUUGAAAAAAUAGGAGAUGGUGAUCUUAGAUCAUAAAAGUUGUACAGAAAAGCAAACGUAGAAGUUAAUAGAUUCUGUGGCAACCACUUUAGUAAGUUCUGGUGAGAAGGAGCUAGUUCACGUUUUGUGUUGGCAAAACUGCAUUCCUGUACACGCAUUGUCAAAAGUAUGGAAGAAUAAUAGCGGAUUUGCGUUAGGCUCACUUAGAGAUUUCUAGUUUCAGAGAGAAUUAAUUCAUGUCAUCAAAUCCUCGAAAUUUUAUUUGAAGUUAAACCAAACUACGCCCAGGACACCUACGGGGAAGAGCUCUGUGCCCCAACUGUACAGAAUGGAAACUUUUUGCAAAGCACCAGUUUAAGAAUUCAAUAGCAAUUUAAAAGGUUUUGAUGUUCUCUGUGUCUUCAUCGUUCAUUCACGAAGCCUUAAGAGUUUAUCCUUCUGGCAUUUAAAUUCUGAAUAAUCUAUCAUGUUGGCAUCCUUGGGGUGGGUUAUAAAUGACGUUAUUACUGUGAUUAGUGACGUGUAAAGUGGCUGGUCUUAUUGAUUGGUUUCCAAUGAAGAGAUAUUCAUCUGUUACUAGGCAUUUCGUUCCAUUUUUGUUGUCAAUAAAGGUAGUUUUAUAUUGGAAAUCUCCAUGUGUGCAUAUCAGCUUGUUUUGUUUUGUUUAGUACGAUUGCAAGUGGCGGAGCCAAAGUGGACAGGGACACCCCCCGGAAAAAAAGAUCGUCGCUCCAGACCCUAAGGCACGUGUUGAAUAUGCCAAAGACAGAAAAUGUAUUGGAGCUGUACUACCCCGCUACCCGUUGACUGCUGGCUACGCUCUGAUUGCUUGUUCUGUUUUUAUUAUUAAGGGUAAUUCUUGGUUGUAUAUGUUUUGUACGAACAGGGAAAUGUGAAAUAAGUGAUCUGGAAUGUAUGCUGCAAAACUUUGAUACUUUUAUUAAACUCUUUAAGAUGAAAAAUA